AAUUGUUACCAAAUUUUGAAAUUGGUCAUUCUUUUUGGAACGGAUCAAAAAGGAAAUAGGUUCACAUAAACUGGAAUAGUGGAAGUAUUAGAUAGCUAAAGGACAAAAUAAAUGGUGGGGAUUGGUCAUUGACUUAGGAAAUGGGCUUGUAUUUUAGCCGUUUAAGCAAUGUACAAAAUUUUCAAAGUUGAAAUGACCAAUUCUUGUCCUUUUCUUUAUCUACUAUGGACAAAGUUCAGCUGCCAUGUGGUUAGGCAAUUUAACAUAAAAAGUGACUAUUUGUACAGGAGGUAAGGCAACUUGCUUUGUUUUUGUAAUUUUCUUGCAUGUUUGAGUGAGAUCAUUAUGCACCUUUGGCAUUUUCUUUAAAAUUGUAAUUUCUUUUUUAAUUUUAAGUUUGUGUGAAUCCUGUGCAACAGAAAAUCAGCUGGUUGUUUUUCUGUAACUGAAGUUUUCUCUGAUGUGUUACUGACAGUAGUCCGCCUUGCUUAAUCCUUUGGUCAUGGCGCGUUAAAUUAUUUCUAUUGAACUCAUGUUAGAUGAUCUGAACUAUUUCCAUUGUUCCCUCAUGUUUAUCGUGCAAAAGCCAUUAGAUCUAUCUCCAGUGGUAUCUGAAACUGGUUCACUGUCAUUCUGAUUCUAUUUUGUUUUUGGGCUUCGCGUUGUAUAUGGUCAGAAACUUGUAUGUUAAGUGUAAGGAUAGGUGUAUGAUGUAGAAAUAAUCUAACUUUCAGAACUCCUAAUUUGCUUAAUAGACAAAUUAAGUAGUAUGAAUGAAAAGACAACUGGUGCUGCAGAGUGGAAUGGUUAUAGACUGUAGAGGAUUCAUAUAGCAGUCCGUACUUAGUUUGGGAAUGAGGCAGCGUUAGAUUGUUUGCAUUCUUGGCCACUGUUCUCUCGUUAUUACUACUAGAUGGUUUGGCAUGUUAUGCUAUAUUGUUUCCGGCUACUUUUUUUGGGUCGAAUAUGUUGCUAAAAUUAUCCUUGUCAAGGAAUUUGCAAGUAUUCACAGCCAGUUCCUCCUAAACAUAUUUUGGAAAGUCUGUUGACAUAGCUUUCUGAGUCAUAUAUAUCUACCUCAGACGUUGAUGUUUGCUUCACUGCUUGUGAGAAUUCUCCAGACUCGUCCAACUGAUGUAAUCUAUGAAUUUUCUGCUGCUGCUAAGAAUGCAUCUUUCGUAGGUCUUAAGCUCGCCGAUGGCUUUUUUUCUACUUUUAAUACAAUAAGGAGUGAAUUAAUCUGAUACAUCCUGUUUCUGGUUAUCUUUGCCUUACUGCCCAUUGAAUUUGUUCAAAUACUUAUCUAUUUAUGGGAUGCUUUACGUCUUAAUGUUAUAUUGUCAGAUUGCACCUAAACAGGACUCAAUAGAACGUAUUAUCACUCAACUUGGUUCUUGCAUUGAGAAGUUAAAUCGCCUGUGGACAUUGAUCGUCUGUUUGUAUUCCAUGUAUUUGAAUGCGACGACAGUGUCUUAACACGCUGAAGAGAAGGCCACCAUGAAGGAAAAUCUGGACGAGAUAUUAAAUCACUCAAAUGGUUACAAUGAGUCUAAGUCUUUAGUCUUUCCAACAAAAGAUCUGCUUGAUUCAAAUGGUUAUCACGGCGGUAAAGACUCUUUGGAAAGUGAAACAAAAGAGAGGAACGAAUUCUGGAAACAUCAGGAACUUAAUGGCUCUGUAUUUUUUGAAGAUAUUUCAAGAAGUAACAAACAUGAAACUACUUGCAAGAGAAAUGGAAAUCCUUUUGCAUGUGACACAGAAGAUAGAGAUCAUGCCUGGAGUAUUCCAGAAUUUGAGGGCUCGAUGAUUGUUGACGUUGAUGAUAAAGAAAAUGGAGCCAUAGUCUCUAAUGCACCAUUUACCUCUGCUUCAGAGUUGUUUGGUAUAGACACUCAUUUAUAUAUCGAUAAGGGUGUCGUGGAAUGCAAAUUGCCUGAAUCGACAAUUUGCUACAAAGAAAGUAACUAUAACAUUAUGAAAGACAUAUGCAUAGAUGAGGGAUGCAUAGAUGAGGGUGUACCUCUAGUGGAUAAAAUUGUAACUGAAAGCAAGAAAGAUGAUCAGCCCAACUCGUCUGUUUCUCUAGCUGCUGACGAACACCGCCCUAGCUAUACAAGGGGAAAUAUUGACAGUGAAUUGCUCUCAACAGGUGAGUAUAAAACUUCAUCAGUUGAAGAUACCGACAAAAUUGCUUUGGCUCAUCAUACAACUACAGAAGAUGAGGACACUCAGUCGCUUGUUCCAAGUGGUUUAAAACCCUCCUCAGAAGAUAAUAUCAGCAAAGGUGCUGAUAAGGAUUCUUGUCUAGAGGAUGUGAUGAAGAUUUUUGGAUCAAAAUGUACUACAAUGGAAAAAGCCAUUAACACAUCAGAAAAAGAAUCCGGCAUUCAGAAUUCUAAAGAAUCUAACUCUGAUGCUGAUCAAUCAGCACAGCAGCCUGAUCAGUUCCUUGAACUGCAGAUGCCUUCUGGCGUAGCAACUGUCAACAGCGAAAAUGCAGUCUCGGCACCUGAUGAAACAAGCAACAAUGGGCCAUGUAGCAACGUCUUUUCCAAUAGCAAGUCGGAAGCUGGAGCUAUUACUUGUGACCAAAGCUCUACUGAGUCAACUUUAAGUAGCAGUGUGGAAAAUAUCGCCAAAAACUUGCCUGAAAAAUCCCUUAAAUUAGAGGCCAUCUCCAGUCACAAGGAUGGGAGUUCUGAUGGCAUUUCAGCUGGUAGUCAAAUUCAUUUUACCAACUGUGUGGACAGGAGCGAUAGCAGUGUUCAUGGACAAUCUCUUGACCCCAAAAAUAUGGCUAAUCUCGAGGAUAAAACCUCUGAUAAUCUCCCCCUCGGUACGCAUGGUCAUUUUGCAGAUGGAGAGGCAAGUUUUUCUGCAGGAGGACCUGCAUCUGGUCUGAUCACUUACUCAGGACCUAUAUCACAUUCGGGCAGCGUCUCUCUUCGGUCAGAUAGCAGUACAACCAGUGCUAGAUCCUUUGCCUUCCCAGUCUUACAGAAUGAAUGGAACAGUAGUCCAGUAAGAAUGGCAAAGGCAGAAAGAAGGCGGAAACAGGGGGGUUGGAGGCAGAGCCUUCUCUGUUGUAGAUUCUAAGUCCUUUUAUUUCUUUUAAUAGGGUUGUUAGUUCAAAAAUAUACAUCACUUAUAAUCCGAAAUCAUGAUCCAUUGAGUAUUUGUAAUUAUAAAUGUUGAUAUUCUCUUAGGAAUAUGUCAGCGGUGGUAGGUUUAGAUGGCUCUUUGAGUUUGUUUUCGCUAAGAGCGGAGGCUGUGAAAUGUAAAACCUCACAUUUUUGUUUUCCUUACUUUAUAUGAUCCUUCUAUAAUACAAUCAUUUAGCAGUGAAACUCA